UGUCGACAACCGAGAUUACAUCUCCGGAGUCGACAGCCGAAACGGCGUCUUCAUGGCCGAAAACCGAGGCUGCAUCUUCGGGGUCAACAGCCGAGACGACGUCUCCGUGGCCGACAACCGAGACGACAUCUCCGGAGACUUCGACAGAGGUGACAGGAUUCAGCACAGAAGAAGCGGAAAACUCAUUCUCCUCCACCUCAUAUAUGACCUCCUCCGGCGCAUACAUGUACGGAUCCCUCCCCGACAAUCUCCAGACGCAGUUCUAUAACGCCUCUCUGGAUGACUUUGCCACCGUUCUGUUAGCUAUGAAGACGAUUGACGGCAGUGAGGUACCCGAGGUCUUCGCGCCGUCUCGGCAAGAGAUCCUGCAAGCAGGAAUGACAGCCAGGGAGUUCAUCAAAGCAUGUAGCUUUGACAGCGACUAUUGCGACUUCACGGACUUCCACCAGUGGCAGAAUGGCGUGUAUGGCAAUUGUUUCACUUUCAACUCGGUAUUCUCUAGAAUGAACGAAACGCAUCAUGGCUUAGGGAAAGAGCAUCUUCAGCACAUCAAGACUACAACGCAUUACGGAGCCAGGUACGGACUCAGGCUGAUGCUGAACGUCUCUCUCGAUGAGUACAUGAUGGCAGUGACGCCCAGUAUCGGUGUUCGGGUUACUAUCCAUCACCCUCAGCAAGUGCCCUUCCCGGAAGACAACGGCUUUAACGUGGCAGUGCGGUCUAGGACUUCAGUCAGCGUUCGUCGGGGUGAAGUGCAUCGAGUACCGAAGCCCCACGGGAACUGUCAUACCGACGACGAAUGGAACAAAAAGUGGGCGGGUGCAUACAGAUCCGAGGGGUGCUUGAUCGUGUGCCUGGAGCAGAGGAUUCGAGAGAGGUGCUCCUGUGUCAGGACGCUCAACACCAUCCUGAUGCCUGUCGAAAGGCACGGAAGAUGUAAUCCGACAAACCAGACUCAAGAUGAGUGCGUGGCGAAGAUUCGGCUGGACUUUCUGCAUGACUUGGAGCCCUGUGACUGCCGUCCACCAUGCAUGGAGAAAACGUAUACGACCGGCUUGUCUUUUGACGAAGACAAUGAUGAGUUUUCACGCAUACUGGAGGACGUGAAGGGAAUUCAAACACCGGUCGACGCUGUCAAGGUUCACGUCUACAUGGAAUCGUUAUCUGCCAACGUCAUCAAGGAAGCACCCGCCUUUACGGAGGUGACCCUGAUCGCCAACGUGGGCGGCUCGUUCGGACUGUUCAUCGGACUCUCACUGGUGACGAUCGUGGAGCUGCUGGAGUUCCUUUGCGAUUUCCUCGCCAUGGGGUUCGCCAGACUCAGAUUCUCUGACCGGCCGGUCGGACACAGGAAGGUCGCGUCUGCUCCGUAGCGGCUGUUCGUCAUUCGAGAGCAGUGCCAACAUCACGAGCACUUCCGUCUGACGAGAAAGUGCACGGAACUCGACUGGAAAUAUCAACCGUUUGUACAAAAAUUAUUCGAUUGAAAUGCCAAAAAGUAUUUCAAAAAUGUAGAUAGGGGUUUUCAUGCUUACGCACUUAACACGCAUUCGGACUAUUGUCCCCGUCUUGUGUGGUUGUAUCUUCAGAGCUGUCACUUAACUCAGCUGUGUCACCUCAAGCCGACACCGAGCUCGCUGCACAAUUUAGCUAUAUCUGAGCGUGGCUUGGUAAUCUCUCGAGACUAGAAGCCCACGAGGAGUAUUUUCAGACCGCAGUUUCCGAGUCUGCCCUCAAGCAGCCUAUUCUGCAGCAAUCACAAAAGCGUUGGGUGAUCACACCUUAUUUGAACGUGUCUGCCAACGCUGUUCAUCAGGAAGUCAAUAAAUCACCUUAGUGUUACACUAUAGAUGCAGUGACAAUUUGCUCAUGCCACUUUAGAAGCUUUGCGAUCGCAGCAGCUUUUUAUUGGAGGAGGAGGCUUUGCUAUCGGAUAUCGCAGUCACUCUAACAGCAUUGAGAUAGGCGUGAUGCUUACAUACGUCAUGUGGGUAAUGAUUAUUUGCGUUUUAGGGCACGCGAACUGCAUCGGUAUAGGGCGCCCACGAUGCAUGCAAUAUCACUAGACGAAUAAUCUGGCCGUAUCAGCGAUGUUAGCAGCGAAAGUGAUGCGAUGUUUUUGUCGUUCACCUACGGCACUUGGGGCGCGGCGGCUAGUGGUGACGAUUCGGUGACUGCAUGGGUGCGAUAGUUUUUCAUUCUGCGUUACUUAAGGGGUACGAUGGUCUUAUGUCGCUAGGGAGGAGCGAUGGUUUGAUAUCGCUUAUGAUCAUUAGACGAAUACAGUGAAAUUGCGUCGUCCGCGAUGUGACCGGAGACGUUCUGCCAUUGUGUGCGAUCUUCAUCGAAAGAUGUAGUGGGCCCGUGAUCUGCAUCACUGGCAGAUCGAGGUCGUAGCAGUUCUGUCACUGGAUAGCCGCCCAGAUCGUAGCAUCAUGGUCAUGAGGGGCUUUUCGUUGUUGGCAGAUCUCUUGCGUUCUGUAUAUCGUUACAUAUUAGUGCUGUAAUGUUCCCGGCGUGGUUGUGAUGCAAACAUUUUUUAGCGUGAUGGCGUGUCCAGGGACGUCUCUUUUAGGGAUACAACAGGUCUGUUAGCAAGAAGCAACAUAAUUUCCGACGACGACGUGUUAACGGCCCCUAUCCAGCGACGAAGCUGUCUCGCAACAUUACCAACUCAGAGACACACCACUCCGUUGCAACGUAGUGUGCGCUGCUUACAACACUGGAUCACUGAGAAGGUUUAAGAGAAGUUGACUGUGAAAUGUGUGUGUAAAUUUGUGCCUUGUGGAGUGGAUGUGUCACUUGAGUUGCGUGGUGCGUGCCAUUGCAGGGAAUAACUAAUUUUUGUCCGCUUGUCACUUGGGACUGCUGUGGUGAUUCCGUCCAACGUCACCAUUGAGAACUGUGGCGGUACCGAGCCCGUCUCUAAACAGAUAACACGAUCAUGUCAGUUUAUUACCAGAUACCUAGCGUCUCUCGGCGGCGGAUUCGCAAGCAGGGCCGUGGUGGUAGCAGACAAUACCAGUAUUCUACGUUAUCUUGUUGUGGGAGAAUUUUACAGAGGGCUUACCAGGUAGGUUUACAAAUCAGUUGUAGUAUGGACUUUCGCUCCAUCAAAGGGAGUGCUUCACCCCUGGGCAUGUUUCAAAAACACACUCAAAUGAGGCCUCAGCACCAGUUGCUUCUAAUUACAGCACUCGGUAGUGCCACUGCAGCACCGUCAAGGCACGAUCCCGAUAUUAAUUUUGAUCGUUUUCGAGUCCAAGUUACGCUGUCAACGCUUUGUGACAGCACUGCCCUUCUUCCUGCAGUCGCAACCACUGUCGUCAUGAAAACCGCCGUGGCAUCUCCACUGGCGCGAGAAAAGGAACGUAUGGGAUUAGCCCGGAGAUUGGCAAGGGCCUGUUACCGGGAGCGCACUGUUACUGGUUGAAGUUGGAGCCAGCGCGCCGCUAUGGACCAUGUGAUGCUUCCAUUCCCAACACCAAGGUACGCCUCGAAACGAGCCACUGUGGUGAAAGCCAUAGGGGAGAAAUCAAAGUCAAAGUAAGCCGUUUCAUUGAAUUCGCCGGAAAAUAGUUUCAUUUCACAUAUAUUUUUGUUUAAACAGGGUGUUUCAAUCUUUCACAAUAUCUUUUACACGAGAUUUUUGACAAAUUAGUGUGUUUCAAACAUUACAGCAGAGUCACCUUGAGAAAAGCGAGGGAAAUCAAGUGCAUGGCUUUCAUACCAGUGAGCAGGGAGUCAGGUGUUUUUUCCGCAGGAGCGCCUACUUGACAUAAAAAUUAAGAGCCAUUCAGAAGGAUUUCGGGAGAACUGGUAGUACUGAUCAAAAUACGCUUGCAUGAUUUCACCACAAAUGAAAAACACAAAAACACGGCAUACUCCCUUUAAUGCAAGAUCUUAAGUGUACACCUGAUUUACAUAAGCUGUUCGAUUCGUCGAUGUAACGUGUGAACAUGAGUGCCUCGCGUGAUAUUUGCCUUUGUGGCCUCGUACAAUGUGUCUCACUUGAUGUCACUGAGAAUAAAUAUGACUGG